CGUCAAUCGUUGGAAACUAAACGGAUGAGAACGAGUAUAGACUAUAGAAUUUGAGAUAACAUUUGCAAUUGUUCUAGAACAUUCGAACCCACGCAGAAUUAUUGGUUUGCCACUUGGCUAUAUCCAUUCCCUGGCCGGAACUAUCAUCUUAUCCACCGCCGCCACCGCCACCGCCACCGCCACCGCCACCGUCCAUCCUCCUUGCACAUCCAUAAAAGUCAAACCCCUGUAAAUCGCUUCUUAGACAUGUUAAAACGACGUCGUUAAGAUUACCAACAAAUUCCGGAUAAACGAUGACCACUGCUACAACGCCUUUAUGUCAACCGCUUUCUGUUCGUCCUUUUUAUCUUCUUUCUACAAAUACAAGAUUUAAAUAUAAACUCUAUAAUAAUAAUAAGAAACCCCAUCAUUGUAACAACAAUAAUAAUAGUAAUCGAACCUCUUGCCCUUGUCCUUGUUCAAAUUUUUUAAGAAAUAACUGGAGAUACUCAUGUUUUAAAGACCCACAAAACUCUUCUUUCGAUCCCGAUAUAGCAUUGCCCUCGGAAUCAGAACCAAACCAAUCGAAUAUUGUGAAACAUGAUUUGGUCUCAAAGCUUCAACAGGCUGUAGAUGCCGUAUUUAGCGCACAACGAUGGACAGUUCCCUGGACAGCUAAAACCAUUCUUCAGGUGAUGCUCCUUUGGAUUGCCUCAUUUUGGCUGGUAGGUUCUUGGAUAAUACCAUUUUUAGCCCAUGUAUCAGGUUUCAGAAAGGAGACCUUGACAUACAGAGGACAAGCACUGUACAGCCUUUUAACGGAUGUGGCAGAAGGCCUUGCAGGUAUUGCAAUCCUCCACCGCUGCCUCGCACCAUUCCGCCCCCUUUCAUCUGAUUGGUUUAAAUUCACCUUUAAAGGCAAAUGGCAUAUUGACAUUGGCUUAGGGUGCCUCAUGUUCCCUUUGGUCAACCGUCUCUCACAGGUCAAUCUAAAUUUAAUGCCCAUGAUCCCGCCCGCUCCAGUCACAGUCUCAAAUGUCGAGCAAUCGAUUGUUGCACGUGAUCCCAUGGCAAUGGCUCUUUACGCCAUCGUGGUCUCCGUUUGUGCUCCUAUUUGGGAGGAGGUUGUGUUUCGCGGGUUUCUACUCCCUUCAUUGACCAGGUACAUGCCCGUAUGGUGUUCAAUAUUAGUUAGUUCUUUAGCUUUUGCAUUGGCACAUUUCAAUAUGCAAAGAAUGCUACCACUUGUAUUUCUUGGGAUUGUAAUGGGUACUGUGUUCACAAGGUCAAGAAACUUACUGCCGUCUAUGCUCUUACACAGCCUUUGGAAUGCCUUUGUAUUCAUAGAUCUUAUGAAGUGAUCUCUCUUUUAUGUAUACGUCAUGUAUUAAUGACAUCCUAAUUCACCAUUCGUUGUAUCCUUGUGUAUAAAUCUACUUUUUGGUUUAAUAUUUAAUCUACUUUAGAUGUA